AUGUGGAAAAUGAAUCAAUACCUGCCCUUAUUCCUUAUUGCCUCUUGUUUGUUCUUCAUUUCACAUUCUCAAACUAUUUCUAAUACUUCCUCUCAACAUCGUUGCCUCCCAGACCAGAGCUCUACUUUGCUGCAACUGAGGAAAGAAUUUGUUGAGAAGAGAACCAAUCCUGAUGAUUACUCUGGUGUUUCAUAUCCAAAGAUGAAGUCUUGGAAGGCAGAUACUGAUUGUUGUUCCAGCUGGGAUGGGGUCACAUGUGAUGCACACAACGGCCACGUCAUUGGCUUAGACCUCAGCAAAAGCUGGCUUUGUGGGCCUCUCAACUCUAACAGCAGCCUCUUCAGGUUGCGUCAUCUUCAAAAACUCGACCUUGCCCUCAACGACUUCUCUUCCUCCACCACAAUCCCAUCUGAGUUUGGGCAGCUUGUGAGGUUGACCCAUCUUAAUCUCUCUUGGUCCAUCUUAUAUGGCCGAAUCCCAUCAGAAAUUUCAUGGCUCUCCAAUUUGGUUUCACUUGAUCUCUCUUGCAAUGCUGAUUUGAAUCUCAGAAGAAAUGAUCUUGAAGCACUUGUCCAGAACAUGACAUAUCUGAGAGAACUUCAUCUAGACAAUGUGAACAUCUCAUCGUCACUGCCUCAAUCCCUGGCAAAUUUGUCUUCCUUGACUUCUCUUUCUCUACCUUACUGCAAUUUGCUUGGCGAAUUUCCCUCAGAUAUUUUCCUACUGCCCAAGAUACAAGCCAUUGAUGUGUCAGGUAACUACAAUCUCACUGGUUUUCUUCCCAAUUUUCGAUCUGGUAGUUCCCUAAAGAAAUUGCGUCUUUCCUCCAUGAAUUUUUCUGGGGAAUUGCUCGAUGCUAUCGGGAACCUAAAGUCCUUGAACUUUUUGGAUCUUUCUCAAUCCUAUUUUUCCAGGGAAUUAUCCAAUUCAAUUGGCAACCUUGAAUCCUUGAGCCAUUUGGAUCUUUCUUGGGCAAAUUUUUUUGGGGAAUUGCCGAAUUCAAUCGGCAACCUUAAAUCCUUGAGUCAUUUGGAUCUUUCUGGGGCAAAUUUUUCUGGGGAAUUGCCGAAUUCAAUCGGCAACCUUAAAUCCUUGAGUCAUUUGGAAUCGGCAACCUUAAAUCCUUGA